AUAAACCAGAUUGUUCCGAGUUGGAGUAAAAGUAAAGAAAAAAAUUGCAGGGAUUCCUAGAAGAACAUACUGUACAUUGCAUAACUUGAAACACGAGCUCUGAUAGUUGCGGCCCACUUUGGACUCGUUACAAAUGCACUCGUAACGAUAUGGGGUAAACGGUAAUGGGAUGGAGACAAUUUCGUUCCAUGGAUCGACCAGCAUCGAUCAGCCGGAAUACUCGAGUACUUAUGCCUCCUCAACGAGGAAUCGUCGAGCCUUUCCAAGGCAUCUUCCAAGGAAUCGGGAAGAAGUUUUCGAGGGAAUUCGUCGAAGCUCAGCCCAAGGCCGUACCGUAGAAACCGCCAUAAAGGCUUUGAAAUAUGGAAAGAAGGAUCAUAACGUCGAUGGGUUUAUUAUUUAUACUCUUUGAAGCGUACGAUGCGAUGACCGGGCCCGAGACAGAAGUCGCGGAUCACUCGAACCGGUGGAAAGCUUUCAUGGCCGAGUUAAAGGAAGAAAUUGGACCGUAUCAAGUGUUGCUGAUCGUCGGGAAGAAAGGAUCGGAUCCCGUGAUAAGGUCGCAACUGGAUGAAAGCAUAGGCCAGGUGGUCGGCUCCGUUCCUUGCCUCUCCGUGGGGUUUGGCGGAAUCGAAGGAGUGGACGGCUCGUACUCUGAGCUCCCGAGCUUCGCGAACCUCAGAAGGACGACCUUCUUCUUGAUGGUCCACCAUUGGGAGGAGGCGGCCAGCGACUCGGAACUGGAGGGAACGGUCCAGCUGCUCUAUCGGCUGGCCGUCAGAAAUUCCCGACCGAGGUGCCUGCUAGCGUUCUUCUCCCACUCGAGGGCUGCGAACUACGAAGUCGCGCUGCGGUACGCCUGGCAGAAGAAAUUCUUGGACGUGGUCAUCCUGGAGAUCGUCCGCCCCCGAGGCGGGCCCGAGGACGGCAGCCGCAGCCCCUGGUGGAUCCACGGGUUCGACCCCUUCUCCGAGACCUACGAGGCGACAGGGCCGCGAGAGGCCUUCCCCUCGGCGAGAGGGCCGCUGUUCCCGGACAAGCUGCGGGACCUGCGGGGCCGGCCGGUCAGCGUGGACCUGAUCCACCGGCUCCCCUACUGCGCCAUCGAGAGGAACGCGACCGGGCACAUCCUGAAGAUGGACGGCCUCGACGGACGCAGGCUGACCACGCUGAGGGACCGGCUGAACCUGACGCUGGACCUGUUGCCUCGGAAGACCGACGAGUACGGGCACAUCAGGAGCAACGGAACCGUCGUGGGGAGUUUCGCCGAACUGGAGCGAGGAAGCUUCGACGUCCUGGGCACCAGCCUGUACAUGCUGUAUACCCCUCUGAGGACGAGCGUCACCUUCAGCGAGCCCACGCAAAUGCUCAAGCUGUGCGCGCUGGUGCCCAUCCUCUCGAGGACCAACGUCGCCUUCGGGCGCAACCUCCUCUCGAUCGUCGCGCUCGGCUGCGCCUUCGUCGCCCUCUUCCGGGCGGUCUCCGUCGCGAUGAGAUUCGAACGGGCCCCGUGGGAGCCGUUCAACGUGUUCUCGACGCUGAUCGGCGCCGCCGCGGGCUCCCCGGACAGGCUACCCGCCAGGCUCGGGGAGCGCGUCGUCUACGCGGCCAUGGUCGCGGUGUACUUCCAGUUCUCGUCGAUGCUCCUGGCGGAGCUGACGCGAGCCGUCCUGCUGCCCAACGAGGAGGUCAAGCUGGAGACUCUGGAGGACCUGGACGAGUCCGGCCUGGGGCUCAUGGUGAACGCGAACCUGCUCGACGUCACCUUCGACGGGACGGACGGAGCUCUGCGUAGGCUAGGGAGGAGGGCCGUCGGGAUCAGAUAUAUCGAGCGCUGCUUCCUCGCGGCCUUUCGGUACAAGAACACCUCCUGCGUGACCGAGUCCUCGGUCGCCGAGAUGACGGCCGCGGAGACGCGGGUCGGCGGGGAGCCGGUCUUUCGGGUCCUGAAGGAGUGCUUCUGGUCGGCUCCCCGGACCGUCCUGUUCCCUCGGACCUCGCCGUACGCGGAGAAAUUCAGCGACGUCUUUAGGCGGAUCGUCGAGGCCGGGUUGGAGCGGAAGUGGUACGUCGACAUCUCCCGGCGGUUCGGGAGCCUCGGGUCGGGCAUCCCGGCGAAGGGCGAGUCCGGGAGCUCGCUCACCCACUGCGGUCAGCUCCUCGGCCUCGUCCUGGGGGAUCUGGUCGCCUUUCUGGUAUUCCUCGCCGAAAUCCUGGCUCACCCGAUCCGGGGAGGACUCUCCUCGUCUUUCCCCGCUCGCCCGUCCUGGUGUCAGUUUCCCCUGGCCGGACCCAGUGACCGCUAGUCCGCUGGUCCGCUUCUAACGCGUGCCGCGUGUGCACCCGGAUGUAGUCAAUGUCCCCGCCAAUAGUCAAUGGCUUUCCGCCAAUUGGCGCCAGGGUAGAAGACGGGGUCGGGGGAUGCCUGGACCGGGUGGGAGCGUGCGCCGUGUGCGUCAUCGAUCCGCCUGCUGGUAGCAGGGUGCAAACCAGUGCACACCGUCCGAUCUAGACAAGUACUCGUUGUUCCAUCUAAAAUUGCUCUCGGAGUCUCCCAGAGUCGCCGAGUACGAUGCUCGAGUUAAACGCGCCCGUUGCGUACGUUCUCUUCGUUCUUCUUGGCGUAAACUGCGGUAAGUUGGCCGUUGCGAUCGACCCUUGCACCUGCACGCGUUCUUUAUCAUGUAUAAAUGGAUUCAUUGGAUCCAAGCGACCGUAUUCGCUGCAUUUCUUCUUCGACGGCUUGUUUUCCGAAUAAAUCGUAUGAAGGAAUAAUCGGCGACACGAUA